CCCAGCUCAACGUAUCGGAAGGUUUUUUGUGUUCACGUCUCCGUUGCACAAAGGCCAUAGAGGCUCCAGCAUCACAUAUACGCUCAUUGAAACUGCUGUUCGCAGUGUAUGAAUUGUAAAGUUCUCGGAUAUUGCUGCGUCAUACGACAGAGUCCUGGCGUGAGGCAGUACGCAGCCGAGGUCAUUGAGACCAUACGAUGCAUCCCAAAUCAGCAAAAGGUUCCCGACCAACGUCGCCAAUUGAAACACCUGGACACUCACGAGAUUCCUCUAUAUCUAGCGGCAAGGAGCGACAUCACGCACCACUGAAUCCAAGCAACCUACGCGAAUCUCGUCUUCCCUCCACCUCCCCCGAAUCUCGAAUGACAAUACCUGGCACAGCUGCUGAGAGAGGCGAAACUUCUUCUGCUCGAGACUUUGAGACUGGCGAGGGUAGAGCUUCACCUGGCGCAGCUAAACCAGCUGAGACAUCCACAACGCAGGAAGGUCGCUCUGUGGAAGGGACACUGUCUUCAUCGUUCGAACAGGCUGUGCGGGCGCGAUUAGUACACCAGAAAGAUUCAGAUCAUGGGAGAGGUGCCGAAACAGAAGGGAGUCAACAUGGAACAUUCUCGCCGCGACCAGAGACCAGCAGAAGCUACGGAAGUUUCCAUUCCGGUAUAAUACGAGAUGGGUUUGGAGGAAAGUAUCCUGGAGGAAUGGGUGAUGGAGCUGGGGACAAUCAGUCGGAAACAUCAGCUCUACUAGGUGAUGCCAUUGUCGAUGGCGUUCUGGGAGCCCCUGCGGGAAUGAAGACGUCCACAACAAAUUAUCUUGCGAGGAGGCAUGGCAUCAGGAAUCGAAGAUUCAUGUAUCUCGCAUACUACAUCCCUAUUGUCAACUGGUUACCACAAUACAAAUGGUCGUACCUGCGCGGCGACUUCAUAUCUGCACUGACUAUGGCCUCAUUCUAUAUACCAAUGUCGCUAUCAUACGCGUCAAAUCUUGGACACAUGCCUCCAAUAAAUGGUCUCUACAGCUUUGUCCUGAAUCCCAUAAUAUAUGCGGUGCUUGGCACGUGUCCGCAGAUGGUAGUAGGUCCCGAAGCCCCCGGCUCGCUACUGACGGGUGAGGUCGUACGGGAGAACAUCAAGAAAGGAACGGCAGACGAUGAAAACGGCCAGAUCAAUGCAGAGAUUGCUGGGAUAGUCACGUUCAUGGCUGGAGGGAUAAUCUUGAUAUCUGGUCUGUUCCGACUCGGAUUCCUAGACUCUGUCCUGAGCAAGCCGUUCCUACGCGGAUUCAUCAGUGCUAUAGGAGUUGUCAUCUUCGUAUCUCAGCUUAUUCCAGAGCUCGGCCUGACAGCAGUUGCUUCGCAGGCGGGUCACGUGUCUCAUGGAAGCUGUGUGGAGCAGAUUGUCUUUCUGGUCAGGAAUCUUGGAAAGUCACAUGCUUUGACGGCUGGUGUAUCUCUUGGGGCUUUUGCCAUCAUCAUGGUCCUACGGGAGAUGAAAAAGCGGUUACAGCCUCGUUAUCCAGCUGUGGUCUUCAUACCAGACCGAUUCCUUGUAGUGGUCUUGUCGGCCAUCCUCGCAUGGAAGUUUAGCUGGGACGAGCAUGGUCUCGAGAUCUUGGGUAAAGUCCAAGCCGACGGAGCCAUCUUUGCAGUGCAUUGGCCUUUUGAGUGGUCACACUUGAAAUACGCAUCUGAUGCUGUCAACACAGCAUUCAUUAUUGCGCUCCUGGGAUUCUUUGAAUCCUCUGUAGCAGCAAAGAGCUUAGGAAACCCACACGACCCAACAGGUGAAGGACUACAGAACAUUCACAUCAGUGCGAAUCGCGAGCUCGUCGCGCUUGGUGUGGCCAAUGUUACAGGCGGCUUGUUCAUGGCGUUGCCUGCGUUUGGUGGAUAUGGCAGGAGCAAGGUGAAUGCCUCGACGGGAGGACGUACACCGAUGAGCAGCGUCUUUCUCAGCAUCUUCUCCUUACUCUCCGCCCUAUUCCUAACACCGUAUUUCUACUUUCUUCCGAAAGGCGUCUUGUCUGCCAUGAUAUCCGUGGUCGCGUACUCGCUGAUUGAGGAAGCACCCCACGAUAUCGCGUUCUUCUGGCGCAUUCGAGGUUGGUCCGAGCUAGGACUCAUGCUCCUCAUCUUUGUCGCAACGAUCGUUUGGGACAUCAAGCGUGGCAUCGCAAUCGGUAUCGGCCUCUCGCUCCUUCGCGUCGUCCGCCAUAGCACGCGCCCCCGCAUCCAGAUCCUCGGCCGCGUGCCAGGCACCUCAGACCGAUUCGAAAACGCCGAAGUCGAGCCCAGCCUCGUCGAGUUCAUCGAGGGCUGCCUGAUCGUCAAGGUGCCCGAACCCCUCCACUUUGCCAACACAGGCGACCUGCGCAACCGACUGAAGCGACUGGAAGACCACGGCACGGGCGCCGCACAUCCGGCCCUGCCCCGGGUGCGCAACAAAGAGCACAACCAGAACGUCAUCUUCGACAUGCACGGCGUCACGAGUCUGGACGGCGCGGGCGCACAGGUGCUGUAUGAGAUUGUGAGCAGCUAUGUCGAGCGCGGCGUGCGCGUCUUCUUCUGUCGUGUGCCGACGGGCAAGGGCAGGGGGGUGAAGGCGCUGUUUGAGGCGAGUGGGAUCGUGGAGCUGUGUGGUGGCGAGAGGCAUUUUGUCAAUAGUGUGCAGGCGGCGUUGCGGAUGACGGAGAUUGAGAGUCUGACGCAGGAGCUGGGUGCUGCGAGGUGAGGCUGUGGGGUUUGUUGGGCAGAGGGUUGUUGUGUUCAGGACAUGCAUGUUUCGGCGCUGGGUGGGUUUGUCUGUCUGCAUGGGACUUGUACGGAACGCAGGCUUGGUGUUACUUGCUGUGCUGCUUGUAGUGUGCGGUCCAGAGCGUUGCAUAGAUGGGCGUGUAGGAGAUGAAGUAAGAAGCGUGUGGUGUCGAACGGAUAGAUGUGAAUAUGUAAUGUCUCUUGCUGAUUGCAAGUGUCACUUGCUAUGGAUGUUCAGCCUUACAAGGCGAGAUCAGGCAUGC